AUUUUCCUAAAAUUUUGCUGGCAAAUCUGGCUGUCAAAUCUAGUUUACUUCAAGAGGACUAUAGUAAAAGAUCUUGAUCUGUAUCGUACACAGCCAAAAUAAUACACUCCCAUUCAACUCAAAAUGCAUCUUCCCCAUAAUCUGACCCGAAUCCCAUUUCCAAGUCCUCAUCAAAUCCUUAUUACCAACCUAACAUUCAUCUUCUCUCUACUGUCUCCAUCUCUCAAAUCUCACAAAUCCCAUUUCCCAUCUCAACCACCAUGCCUAUACAAACAAUCCAAGAACAAGAAGAACAAGAACCAAAUCGAACUCGAAGCUACUGGCGAUGGAGCAAGCAAGACUUCUUCCCAGAACCCUCCUUCUCAAACCUUACAUCCUACAAAGCCUCACUUUCCCAAACCUGCCCACGUCUCAAAGACCGUCUCCUCGACCGCUCGACCGACACAUUCGAGCUCGUCGAGCUUCAAAAAGCUAGCGAAAACAGCAUGCGCAAGUGCCUCACAUGGUGGGACCUUCUCUGGCUCAGUUUCGGCUCUGUAGUCGGUUCAGGGAUCUUCACGAUCACAGGUCUUGAAGCCCACGACGUCAGACCCUCCAUCGUCAUCGCUUACGCCGUCGCCGGCCUCUCGGCGUUGCUAUCUAGCUUCUGCUACACUGAAUUCGCAGUUGAAAUCCCCGUCGCCGGCGGCUCCUUCUCGUACCUCCGUGUCGAGUUGGGUGACUUCAUUGCAUUCAUCGCCGCCUCCAAUAUCCUCCUCGAGGCGGUGGUGGGCGCCGCUGGGCUUGGCCGGUCUUGGUCGUCGUAUUUGGCGAGUUUGAUCACGAAUAACGCGGAUUUCUUGCGGUUUAAGGUAAGUUUUUUAGCUGAAGGUUUUAAUCUUUUAGACCCAGUUGCUGUUUUGGUGCUUUUAGUUGCUAAUGGGAUAGCUAUGAGUGGGACUAAGAUGACAUCUGUGUUGAAUUGGAUUAGUUCUAUAAUUAGUUCUUUUAUUAUUGUGUUUAUCAUAGUGGUUGGGUUUAUUCGUGGCAAGACUUCAAAUUUGGACCCAUUUUUUCCAAGGGGAGCAAAGGGUGUUUUUGAGGCUGCUGCAGUUGUGUACUGGUCUUAUACUGGUUUUGAUAUGGUGGCCACUAUGGCCGAAGAGACUAAGAAGCCGUCGAGGGAUAUACCUGUGGGGUUGGUUGGUUCAAUGGCUAUCAUCACUGUGGUUUAUUGCUUGAUGUCUUUGGUAUUGACCAUGAUGCAGAAAUACACUGACAUUGAUGUGAACGCGCCCUAUUCGGUUGCUUUUAGUAAAAUUGGGAUGAAUUGGGCUAAGUAUUUGGUGGGUAUAUGUGCAUUGAAGGGGAUGACUACUAGCUUGUUGGUUGGAUCUCUUGGGCAAGCUCGAUACACGACUCAGAUUUCCAGGGCGCAUAUGAUUCCGCCUUGGUUCGCUCUGGUGCAUCCGAAGACUGGAACUCCUAUUAAUGCUACUCUAUUGGUUACGAUAUCUAGUGCAAUUGUAGCGUUUUUCUCAAGUUUGGAUGUGUUGUCGAGUGUUUUCUCAUUCAGUACGCUCUUGAUUUUUAUGCUCAUUGCUGUUGCAUUGCUUGUGAGGAGAUAUUAUGUUAAGGAUGUGACACCAAAGAAUGAUUUGUUUAAAUUUCUUGGGUGCUUAUUUGUUGUUGUUGCUUCAUGUGUUGGAGGAACGAUAGUUUGGAAUUUGAAUAGUGGAGGGUGGAUUGGGUAUGCAGUGGCUGCUUUAGUUUGGUUUUUGGGGACUCUGGCUAUGGCCUUGCUUUCAAAGCACCGAGUUCCAAAGGUUUGGGGGGUUCCACUUGUUCCAUGGUUGCCUUCAUUAUCCAUUGGGAUGAACAUUUUUCUCAUUGGGUCACUUGGUACUGUAGCAUUCUACAGGUUCUUCAUUUGCAGUGCAGUAAUGUUCAUCUACUAUUUGUUAGUUGGUGUCCAUGCUACCUAUGAUUUGGCUCAUCAGAGUGAACAGGAUUCAAAUGAUCAGGAGGGAAAGUAAAUUGUCAAUGGAGGGUUGUGACUGUGAUAGUAGGGAUCAUGUAGAGCAAUUUGUUGGUGUUUGCCUCAUUCCUGAUGUAGUAAUUGAUAAUGCUCAGAUAUUUGCUUGAAAAUAUUCUGUGUAUGUUACAACAGGAAAAUGUUCUGAAUUUAUGGUGAUGAAAGGAAUAUUUCCUUGAAAUGAAAUCAAUUAUUUUUAAUUUUUAA